GGAGCCAGCGCUGGUGCGGCCCGCCCCCAACUUACUGCGCCGGGGCACGGCAUUGUGGGAAACUCCCAGUCCUCGCAUCCGCAGCCGCCGCCCGCCGCCUGCCGUGGCCCCAAGGAGAGCGCGCAGCACGGAGGUGGGAGAGCCGGGAGCAUCAGCGCCCAUGUAAUGCCCAGCGGUGAACUGUCCUGAGCAGCUGUAGUCCAGCCACUCGCCUGUGCACACAAGCCCCACACGGCACCGCAGCCAUGGAGUCCAGAGGGAAGGCGGCCAGCAGCCCCAAGCCUGACACCAAGGUGCCCCAGGCCGGUGCUGAGGUCAGAGGCCCCCCAGCUGCAGAUGGGAAAGCCCCCUCGGCCAAGCCUGGGAAGAAGGAGGCCCAAGUGGAGAAGCAGGAGCCCCCUGCGGCCCCCACCCCACCACCUGCCAAGAAGACUCCGGCCAAGGCAGACCCUGCUCUUCUCAACAACCAUAGCAACCUGAAGCCGGCCCCCACGGCCCCCGCAGCCCCCAGCAACCCCAACGCAUCCCCGGAGCCCAAGGGCCCUGGAGAUGGGGCUGAGGAGGACGAGGCCCCCAAUGGGGCGCCAGGGGGCCGAGGUCCCUGCCCCUUCGAGAACUUGACGCCCCUGCUGGUGGCUGGGGGGGUGGCUAUGGCAGCUGCGGCCCUGAUUCUCGGUGUGAUCUUCCUGGCCCGGAAAAAAUGAUGGCUGGUACCCAGCUGGGGGCCCAGCCAGUCCCUGUACAGACUAGGGAGUCUAGUGCAUGCCGAAUUCACACACAGCUAUCUACCCACACAUACACGAGUAACAUAUAUAUAGACAUGCCCCCAUGUCCACACAGACGGAGAGAUGGGCAGGCCCCUCCCAGCCUCCUGGGCAGACGGGGCAGAGGGCUCAGGGCCAAGGCAUCUGAGGGCAGCGGAAGGGGUGGGCCCUGAAUGUGGCCACCUGCCCGUGGGCACGCUCACUGUGCCAGCCUGUCCCAAGGGGCCCCCGUGGUCCUGAGGACUUCCUAGCAGCAGCUUCCUAAGGAGCCCCCAGGGCAGGAGGGAGCCCCCAAGGCUGGCGGGGUCCGGGAUGGGCUCUGACCUGGCCCAGCCCUGUGUGGGCCAUUAAAGGCUGUGGCUCUCUCACUCCCCUCUUCUGCUCUUUGCUUGCAGCUGGGGGGAGGGGGCGGUGUCUGUCUGCGUAAGCCCCGGCAGUGGGGCUGCCAGGAGGCAGGUGGUCCCAUUGGCAGAGCUUCCACAACACCUCUGCCUGUCGCCUGCACCCUAGUGGGGUAGGCAGAGAACCCAAAGAGCAGUCUCUGGAGAGGCUCCCACUGUUCACCUUUUAGCUUGUGGCCGAGGGGAGCGCCUGAGACUGGGGCCACCGCACCUCCUGCCCUGAGCCCCCUCCCCAUCCUGUGGCAAUUGUCCUGGGAGCAGCUGAGAGCCUGGCAGGGAGGGGGUGGGGUAGCGUCUGCCUAGGCCCCACACAGGCCCCUCCUGCCUCACCCAGCGUCUUUUGAGUCUAACAAGCGUAUAAAUGCAAUAACACAGGUAGAGUAGAAGCGCUUGGUGGGUGACCGGCGCCCACGCCCACUCCUCAUUGUGCCUGCAGGGAGACAGUGCUGUGCGGCUCCUCCUCAGCGCGUCUGGUCUCAGCUCGGCCCAGGCUCUGGAGGGCGGCGGUGGGCACUGUGGGAACCCGAUGUGCCCUUGUCUGGCCAGCCGGCCACUGGAACCCUGGGCCAGAGUGGAGGCUAAGGCUACAAUAAACUACUGUCUAAAGGC